AUGGAGUUAGCCCAGAAGGUGUUGGGUCACGUGUACCAUGCUGUGCCAGUCUUACAUAAGCCGAUAGAUAUAUACAUGAAUGUAACAAAGUUGGAAAAAGGUGUAGUGAGCGAGAAAGUUACACAAGUGGAUCCAAAUAUGGAUUUUAUUGAUCGCGAUUUGAAUUUGGUUGUGCACCGCAUAAUCACUCCUCCACUGAGUAGGCUCUACAUUACCUUCAAGUUCGACGAUGACAGCGCCUUAAGGGUUGUCAUCGAACAAGGUAAACGCCCUGACUAUGACAGUGUGGUCGAACGCCCUCAAAAGUUGUCCAAGGAAAAUCCAGUUCUUGAAAUUCCAUAUAAUGUUUUAGAAACGGAAAAUUAUUAUUACAUGGCGAUCCUUCCUGCAAGUGAGGUUCCUGUGAAUACAUCGAUGAGCUACAGUUUUGAGAUUUACUACAUGUUGUGUCAAGUUUGGGAGAAACAAUGGAGUAACCACUAUUGCUUGAUUGGAAAUCAAACCACGGAGUCACGUAUGCACUGUCUAUGUACUCAUAUGUCCUUCUUCGCGGGCGCCAUUGCUGUUCCUCCUAAUGACAUCAACCCCUUCUCAGACGCACACCUGUUUCUUACUGUCUUCGACAACCCUUGGGUCGUCGCUUUCGUUCUGAUAAUCUUGCUGCUUUUCCUUUUGGCUCUGCUCUGGGCAGCCUACAAGGACAGGAAAGACAAGCUCUUCAGAGACGUCAUUGUGUUGGACGACAACUUUCCAGGAGAGUCCCAUGGAUAUCUAGUGGCUGUUCAUACAGGUGCCCGCAUGAGUGCCGGGACGUCAGCCAAUGUAGGGAUACGUUUGUUUGGUGCUCUCUACUCAAGUCGGGCACACAUUUUAAAGAGUCCACUGCGGAAAGUUUUGAAAAGAGAUAACGACGACUGGUUCUUAAUUUGCUAUCCUGUAUCUCUGGGAACUAUCAGAUCCAUUCAACUUUGGCACGACAAUACUGGAAGAAGCGCUGACUGGUAA